GGCCAAAGGACUCUCCAUCCUCGACCCUCACCUGGCCAAAGGACUCUCUAUCCUAAAGCCUCACCUGGCCAAAGGACUUUCCAUCCUCAAGCCUCACCUGGCCAAAGGACUCUCUACUCUUGACCCUCACCUGGACAAAGGACUCUAUAUCCUUGACCCUCACGUGGCCAAAGGACUCCUUCAACACCCCCAUCCAUCCAAAGGACCUCUCCUCAACACCAUUUGGCCAAAGGACUCAUAUAUUCCCGACACAUAUCGCAGGUUAUUGACAUCAAGGAUUAAGGAAGAGGGGGGGGGGGUCAGUUACUGUGGAGUUAAUUGGAUUAAUGUGGAGCUGUGUGGAGUAAUGUGGAGUUCCCGGAUCACCUCCAUCACCGCCGCCCUCGCCGACAUGCUGGGCCCGGAGGUUCAGGUCUCUGAGCCGCUUGCUGAACAUUUGAUCAGGUAUGAUGAACCAUCGACGAGGUUCAACUCCCUAGGUGGCGCCUGGUUGAACCCUAAAGUGGCGCCUGGUAGAACCCUAAAGUGGCGCCUGGUAGAACCCUAA